UAGUGGGUCCCAAAACGGAGACUGAAUUUGCCCGCCAUGGUGGGAAAUUUCCUCGUUGCCGUCCCUAAGCCGGAGUCCUCGCUCCCUGCGAUACUCUGAGCAGUGAGCUCACGCCUCCGACUUCUGCGCCGCCUCUCCUGCGACACCGGGAUGGGCCACUCCGCCGCCGCCGCCCCGGCUCUCGGCCUCACCAAGCCCAACGCCGUCGAGCCGCCACAGGUUGCUUUUGCCGCCAGAGACAUCGAAUUCCUCGAUUGGAAGGGAGAUAUACUCGCCGUUGCGGUCACAGAGAAGGAUCUGUCCAGAGGCCCGGACUCCAGAUUCGAGAACGCCGUCUUGAAGAAGCUGGACGCCCAGCUCGGCGGUCUCCUGUCGGAGGCUGCGGCAGAGGGGGAUUUCGCCGGGAAGGCCGGGCAGUCUGUGGUCCUCCGCCUCCAGGGGCAGGGGUUCAAGAGGGUGGCUCUGAUCGGUCUUGUUGGCCGCAACGCCGCCUGCCUGCAGGGCCCUGGUGAAUCCGUCGCGUCCGUCGCCAAGGCUGCUCAAGCUAGCAGCGCGGCGAUCGUUCUUGCCUCCCCCGGUGGUGGUGUCAUCCAGGACGAGUUCAAGCUGAAUGCUGCCGCGGCAAUUGCUUCUGGAACUGUGCUGGGAUUGUACGAGGACAGCAGAUACAAGUCUGAAUGUAAAAAGGUGCAUCUGAAACAAGUGGAUCUUAUUGGAUUGGGCUCUGGUCCGGAGUUAGAUCAGAAACUUGAGUAUACUAGCCAUCUUUCCUCGGGCGUCAUAUUCGGGAAAGAGCUUGUCAACUCUCCUGCAAAUGUCCUAACCCCUGCUGUGCUCGCGGAGGAGGCAUCGAAGCUCGCUUCAACAUACAGCGAUGUAUUCACUGCCACGAUAUUAGAUGUGGAGAAAUGCAAAGAGUUGAAGAUGGGAGCCUACUUGGCAGUGGCUGCAGCUUCUGCAAACCCUCCUCACUUUAUCCACUUGUGUUACAAACCCACUGAUGGGAAUGUCAAGAGAAAGCUGGCUAUUGUCGGGAAGGGUCUAACUUUUGACAGUGGUGGCUACAACCUUAAGACCGGGCCAGUUGCCAGCAUUGAGCUCAUGAAGUGGGACAUGGGAGGCUCUGCGGCUGUGCUUGGCGCGGCAAAAGCUUUGGGCCAGAUCAAGCCUCCUGGAGUAGAGGUUCAUUUUAUAGCUGCUGCCUGUGAAAAUAUGAUUAGUGGCACAGGCAUGAGACCUGGUGACAUCGUGACUGCUUCUAAUGGGAAGACGAUCGAGGUAGACAACACUGAUGCAGAGGGAAGGCUUACACUUGCUGAUGCUUUGGUUUAUGCUUGUAAUCAAGGUGUUGACAAGAUUAUUGAUCUGGCAACACUAACUGGUGCCAUCCGUGUUGCACUUGGGCCUAGCAUUGCUGGGAUUUUCACACCAAGUGAUGAGCUAGCCAGGGAAUUUGUGGCUGCCUCCGAGGUCUCAGGAGAAAAGUUCUGGAGGCUGCCAAUGGAAGAGAGCUACUGGGAGUCGAUGAAGUCCAGUGUUGCUGAUAUGCUCAACACUGGCCCUAUGCAGCCCAAGGGCGGUGCUAUUACUGCCGCAUUGUUCCUGAAACAGUUUGUGAAUGAGAGAGUCCAGUGGAUGCACAUCGACAUCGCCGGGCCGGUGUGGAACCACAAGAAGCGGGCGGCCACCGGGUUCGGUGUCGCCACCCUGGUGGAGUGGGUUCUCUGCAACUCCUCGUCCUGAACGAAUCCUUCGAUUCCUAUUCGACAUUCGUCUGCUUUAUCUUCAGAGAUGGGAUCAGGAAGAAACUGAAGGAAUAGAUAUGGUGGUGUUCAGUUGUCCAGUGUUCUUUCUUUGUACUGCCAUUCUAUAGCUGCAAACUGCAAGACCUCUAUAUGUAUUAUGCUGGGAUGUGAUACUGCUAUAGAAUAAGUAAAAUGCAAACCCAAACUUGACAAGAAAA